CUUAGCAGAGACUUUAUGAAGAGAAACUUUGCCCCAUGCGUAAAGCAGAGCUUUUGAUUUUCUUUCAAACUUUAUGAAGAUUUGAAGAUUUGAUCGGUCAUGGAUGGAGAUGUGCUGUCUUUGACAUCUUUCUCAUCAUUACCAGCCUCAUCAGCAGCAGGAACACAGAAAGAUACUCAGCCAACAAGUGACAGCAGCCUCCCUCAGAACCAACAGGAACACAAACCAUCUGAAGAAGAAUUAUGGACAGAGGAUGUGAGUCCCGGAGGUGACAGGCUGCUGUCUACAGAGGAGCAGGUCACUCUGAUCACUGAGAGUAUGACAGUCACCUCCACUGACCAGGAGAAACUGCUGCUACUCAACAAGAACACUGAGCUCCGCAGAGUCAACAAAGAGCUGAUGAAGCUGAAUGAGGACUGGGACCAGGUGUAUCGCAGUGCCACGCUGGGUCUACAGCAAAGAAUGGAGUCUUUGGAGCUGGAGAACACUGCCAUCAAACAGCUCAACAGCAGACUGCUGCUCAAAGUUGAGCACCAACAGAGUGCAAAGGAGUACUAUGAGCAGGCGUUGAUGCAGGAGCUAAAGAAGAACCAAGAGCUGCAAGAAUACAUCAUACUGCUGGAGAGAACGAUGCACCACCCAGACAAAGACUGCACACCUGCCAAACAGGGCAGCUUCAGUGCUGUAAUGCGCAGCCCUGCAUUGUGCCCCACCAGUAAUCCUCCCAGAGGUCCCAGCCUGUCACCCAGUCACAUCACCGAACACAGCCCCGCCUCAUCCUCCUUUUUCCCAGCUUCUUCCAGCCCAGAGGCAUGGCGGCAGGGAAGAAGCCAUAGCAGCAGUACACCACUGGGAGCACUGGGAGACUCCAAGCAAGAGGUGCAAGAUUUAAAAGAGCAGCUGGACACACUGAGAUGUCAGCAGACCCAGAUUUAUGAAGCAGAAUAUCAGACAGAGCAUAACGACCACAAGCACACACUGCAGGAGAACCGGAGGCUGAGGAAGAAGAGGGAAGAGAUGCGCCAACAGGUGGCACUACUGCAAGAGCAGCUCAAGGUUUAUGAGGAUGACUUCCGAAGGGAGAGGUCUGACAAACAGAUGCUGCAGCGGCUGUUGCUAAAGAAAACGCCUCCAAACAAGGACCCGGUCCUUAUCCACCGCUGCAAUAAUGAGGAGCAGCCACCAGGAGGAGACAAGAGGACACAAAGUGGAGAGAAAAGAAAACAGCACCACCCCCUCUGCCCCAAGCACCCAAACAGAGACAAAGAGUGAGACUUAGGGUUGGAGAAAAGAAAUGCGCGAUCAUGCACAUAGUACAUUGAGUUUUAAAUGUAUUAGUUUCAACCCUUUAAAUGAAUGUCACUCAGUGUGUCAGAAACUCUCAUAACAAUGAACAGCACUUUUAUCUGAUGUAGACAAAAAAAUAGCAUGUAGCUCAAGUUUAUGGAAAUAGCUCAAUGUGAGCAUUGUUGUUGUUCUCGUUUAGGGUUCUGCUUGUUACCCUUCAUAAUAAGGACAAACCUGAUAAAACACAAGUUAUAAUUAAAGUUAAAUUGUAGAUUGUAGUCUACAGUGUUUUUCUGUAUAUUUCAUAACUGUAACAGAAGCAGUUGUUAACUUUGGCACCUAUAUAUUUAAUAUAUCUAAUAUAUAUCCUUCAGUCUCUUUCUAAUAAAUCUCUUUCUUUAAUGUUAGUU